CCCAAAUUCCUCUUCAUCCCACUCCCUCCUGCCUUCUGCCUCAUCGCUGCCCCAUCAUUGCGUGCCUUGUUGUGCCCCCAAUCCCCUCGCCUGCACCGAGCCCUCCUCAGAUCAUCCCGUUGACCCCUUGGUGAGUGGCUUCUGAACGGGUGGUGGGUUCUGCCGGUCGGUGUUGUGGCCAAGCUGCUAUUUUGCCAUCCGUUCUCACCCCUCGUCGCUCCCCUGUGUGCGUCACUGUCAAAGCUCCAGUUCAGUCGCGGGCUGUCCCUCUCCCCUCGUCUUGACAGCUUGAGGACGCUCUCCAAGCCCUCCUAACUCUCCUUUCAGGGUGCGGUUCUUGCCGAUCUCUCUGCCUCGUGAAGCUAAAUCCCUAUUACUCCUUGCCGAGUGCUUUCACUUGGUGCCAAACACUCUCUCACCGCAAUGGGUCGCAAACCGAAUCAACUCAUCCUCGAGUUCUUUAUUCGCGGCCAGAAACUCGAGGACGCCAGUAACCGUUACCAACACACGUGCAAGGCCUGCGGCGAAAAGUUCCCCAAGGGUCGCAUCGACAGCCUGACCAACCAUCUCGUCAAGAAGUGUCAAGCCAUUCCGCUGCGCGAUCGACAACGCGUCUUGUUGCGACUUCACGAACUCCCCGACUUGGCCGACGGGGACCAGAACAAGGAUGUCACCGGACAAAACAAGGGAAAGUCGGUCGAUCUGCCGUUCGCGACUCGUCAGAAUUUCGAUGGCCUCAAUGUCUUGGCCGAGGCGUCGAGACAAGUCGGUGCCUCCGACCAGACCAAACGGGGUCCCGCAUAUACCCAGUCCGUGACUGUCGGGGGGAAGACGGUCGUCGUCGAUCCAGCGCUCGAGGCCGAGGGCUUCCAGGGUCAUCCUACACAGCCUGAGCAGGUAGAGGAAGAUGCGAACCCCCCAGGCACUCCCCAAGGCUCCCACACCUCUUCUAUACCAUCCCUGCCCAGCUCUUCUCAAGAACCGCCGCAAGCCGCAUCUCCUCAGUUGCUCGAGGCCUCGGUGACCCCCGAUGCCACCUCCAACGCGCGCCAGUCGCAACUGUCCAUGAUCGCCGCCUCCGCGAGUGAGAUGGUACCUCAUGGUCUUCCGAUGGAUCACGAUACUGGCGCUGGCCUUGCCGACGGCCUACCCAAAAUGAGUCCCACUUGGAAUCAACAACUGUCCACUCAGGAGCAGCUCCUCUUCGACAGCCUUCAGGAGCACGACCCGACACUGACUGCUGCCACACAACGCGCGGCUUCCUUCCCCCGUCCGAUCGCGAUGAAUCCCAAUUCCCAGGCCAAGGGCUUCGUGAACGAGUUUGGCAACUCCACCAAGCCCUCCAAGCCCAAGGUGCGCGGUCGGUUCUCCGCCGCCAGACGCAGAGAGGUCCAGGAAGUGCGCAAACGGGGCGCGUGCAUUCGUUGUCGCAUGCUUAAGAAGCCUUGCUCCGGUGACAGCCCUUGCACCACCUGCGCCAGCGUUGAGAGCGCCCGCUUGUGGAAACACCCAUGCAUUCGUACUCGCAUUGCAGAAGAAUUCGAGCUCUAUAGCGCAAAUUUGCACGCUACGCUCGCCUACCACGACGUGAGCGGUAUCCGAAACCAAAUCAAAUUCGAACACUACGCUGGACGUAUUGAGGUUACUCACUUCGAGGAGAGCAUGGUCUACGUUACCUUCAGUGGGCUUCAAGGUCAUAAGGCCUCCGCGUCGACGCUUGAUCCUCAGCUCCAGGCUCUCGGAGAUGAUGCGCAGUUCCAGGGACCUCUUCAUGAGCUGUACCUGCUCGACAGUGAUGCAGAUGAUCUUCCUGGAAAGAUCGAGAUGUACAUUAAGAAGACGGCGCCAUUCUUCUAUGAGCGGGAGACGUCAGACUUCAUGAGACCUACUCUAAUGCUUGCAGCGGAGCUGAGCCAGCAGAAAAAGGAUUCAUUGCUCGAACGGGUGCUGGAACUCUGGAUUGCCACUCAUAUCCUGGCCGAUGGGGAAUUGCAGUGGAAGACGUACUGCAACCCGACUCUCCCUCCCACCUCGAUGCACUCUCUCGCGCAGCCUUCAGACGACGGACGCACGCCAAUCGAUAGUGUCACCAACAGCGAGUCCUAUGAACUCCUAUGCAGUCAGCUGCGUGCGGCCACUGAGAAACGCGCGUCCCAGUUGAGCAAGUCGGUGAUGAACGAUCUCGAGCGGCGACUGCUCCAGCGCCAGCAGAGUGGCUGGUUCGAGACCUUCUUGGUGGCGCUUAUCCUGCUGAACUGCGUGGAGAGAACGUGCUGGCUGUUCCGUUCGUGGGACGACGAGAACUUUGCGCAGCGAUGGCCCUUGGACAAGCGUCCGCCUUACUACUCCAACCAGGGCGAUCGCUUCUCCGACAUCCUACACAUGCUGCUGAAGAUGCGCAGCCUCCCACCCAAGGCCAACCCCCGACCCGAUACCGGCAUUUUGAAGGCCGUCGACGGCAGCGACGAAAACGCCGCUCGCUGGUUCGACAUGAUCAAGGUGACACCUCUCUUCCUCGAACAGCGCCAAGCUACCAUCUUUGACCCGUCCGAUUCUCGCUCUCUCGACCUCCGCUACGGAGCCAAGCUCCUGCCCCCUACCAACGUCUACACAUGAUACCGCCUUGCCGCGGUUCCUUGUUGACGAAAAGCACACGAUAUUGAUGAUGACAACAGCAAUAAACCGAAUAACCUUGACUUAAGCGGGCUUUUUCUCUGCGCUGUCGAUCUGUCUGACAAGCCUCGCUCUUGUUAGUGGUGGAACCAAGAAAGAAAGGGAUGGCAUGGAUUGGGGGAUGGAUGGAAUAUGACGCAGCGUUUUAUCUUCAAAUCACACCCUGUAGUAAUGUGGCUAAAUUCAUAUUCAUCAUUCUGCUUCUUUCUUUCUUUCUUUUCCAUCCCUUCCUUUCCUUUAUUUCAAAUGGACGGAGCACGGAAUAUGGAAAGGGGACUGGAACUGGAACUGGAACUGGAAAUGAGAAAUGAGAAAUGUACUUUACUUCGCUUCUCUGUUAGGUAGGUGGGUAGGUAGUACUAGGGGAGUUAGGAAUAGGAUUUCAACAUCUAUC